AUGAAAGUGGAUAACGAUUUUCAGGUUAUCAAGCAAAGAAAACAUAAUCAAAAUAAUGAAAAAAAAUAUAUAAAAUCUAAAAACAAAAUGAAAAAACCUCUUCAAGUGCAAGAUAAGCCUGAAGGAUGUUGUUUAGAUAAUCACCACAUACCAAUAACUGAUCAAAGCUUUAAGAAAGAAGUUGAGAAAGAAUCUCCGUUUAAUGAAUUUGAAAUAUGCUUUAUUUGUGUAGAAUCAUUUACAGAGUCAUCUAUACCAUUGUGCAAUCAUCGUAUUUGUCAAAAAUGUUCACUUCGUUUACGGGCAUUGUAUAAUGAUAUGAAUUGUGCUUAUUGCAAGACAUUUCAACCUAAUGUCAUUUUCAGUAAAAAACUAAUGAAUUAUAAUGAUUUUGAAUUAGAAAAGCUGUUAUAUAGAGAUGAGAGGUUUGGGAUAUUUUUUGAAACUCGGCAGUUGAUGGAGAGUAUUUUGUCUGUUUUAAAUUUUAAUUGUCCAAAAUAUGAUUGUGAUGUGAUAUGCGAUGAUUGGCAGGGUUUGAAAGAUCAUGUUAAAAAAUCACAUGGAAAAUAUUUAUGUGAGCUUUGUAUUGAAAAUAAAAAAGUUUUUACAUAUGAACAUAUAUUAUUUUCUGAGAAUGAUUUAUUAAUACAUAUCAAAAAAGGUGAUUUUGGAAACAAGAAGAAUAAAACUGGUUUUAAGGGGCAUCCUGGUUGUGGGUUUUGUAAAAAGUCGUUUUAUGAUGAUGAUGAUCUUUAUAAGCAUUGCAGAGAAUUUCAUGAGCGAUGUCAUGUGUGUGAUCAAAUAGCCGGUCAAUUGAAACAUCAAUAUUAUUUAAAUUAUGAUGCUUUGGAAAAGCAUUUUCGGAAUGACCACUAUAUAUGUUCUGAAAUUGAAUGUCUUGAAAAAAGAUUUGUUGUUUUUGGUACUGAAUUUGAUCUUAGAGCUCAUCAAUUAGAAGCACAUAAAAAUAAUUUAUCUUCAAAAGCAUUAAAAGAAGCCAAAAGGGUUCCUAUGUCUUUUGUAUUUGAUUAUCCUGCAGCCUAUAGGUAUUCUAAAGGAAAAAAUAUUUAUGGUACCUCAAAUGAAUCACAGAGUUAUGAUGAGCAUAUGACAAGGGCUGAGAGGGCUUUGAAAAGACAAGAGGAAAAUGCAUUGCGUCAGUCUAAGAACUUUAGUGUAUUUUCUGAUGAUGCUAUUUUAAAAAGUUCUUAUAUUCAGUCUGUGGUUGUUGGACCAAGCAAUGGCCGUUCUGUACACAAUUAUAUUGUGUCAAAUACUUUAAAAGAUGAAGAAUUUCCAGGGUUAGGUGAAAAAGUUUCAAUUAAAUCGAAAGAAUUAUCUAACUCUAAUAGAAAUAGUUUUGAUAACUCGCUUUUAUGCAAUCCUUUUGGUUGUGAUCCUAAAGUUAUUGGUCAAUAUUCUGCUAUAUUGAAUAAUAUAACGUGUUUACUUAAUGAUAGUGAGAAAACUAAACAGUUUUUGUCUAAUAUUUCUGCAUUUUCUGCCUCUGUUAUGUCAGCUGUUGAAUUUCUCGAGUUUAUGUUGGUUUUAUUUAAUUAUAAACUAGAAGAAAUAAAUAAAGUAUUGUCUCAAAUUGUAGAUCUUAUUUAUAAUGACAAUAAAAAAACUGAACUUUUGGUUGCAUGGAAUGACUGGAAAGUUAACAAACAAACAAAAAAAGCAUUUAUGAAAAUAAUAAACUGUUCGCAUGUAGAUCCAUUGCCUUCAUUUAGCUUUGUUGUGAAUUCUUCUGUUGCAUCGGAUCAUAAUAAUUUUCAGUCUUUUUUAGGAAGUUCUUAUGCAACGAAUUUUCCUUCUCUUUGUAGUAUGGAAAAAAAACCUAGUUCUCAAUAUAUUCAUUCAAAGAAGAAAAUAGGCUCUCAAAAUGUCUGGAGUCAUUUAGAUAAAAAAAGUGUUGUUGAAGAAGAAAAGACAGAGUUGAAAAAUAGAAAGAAAAAUAAGAAAGGAACAAUUAUUUUCCGAAUGGGUUAG